GCAUGAGGCGGUGAGGAAAGGUUUGAUAAGGGAUUUUGGGAAAAGGCGUUUUGUGUGGACUGUUGUCUCCUUGUAGCUUAUUAAAUUCCGUACAUGUUUCAUGCUGGUCGAAAUCUCUCGAAGAAUCCUUAAUCUCUCUGAGACAAAAAACCUUAUACCUUAACUUAUUGAAAGAUUAUGUGUCUAGUGUUAGUGUGUGGGGAGGAUGAGAGGGUGGUGUCAAGACAGGCAGCACCGGGGGUGUGUCCUUACUGUGGAGGGAUGAUCCAAGCCGUGGACGUAGAAAGCCAAUGGAAUUUCUGCUUUCUACCCUUCUACUCUAAGACUAAACGCAGGUUUCAGUGCACCAUCUGUGCCAGAAAACUCGUCGUUCAGUAAAAGCCUCACCCUCACCUUUCUUCAGCUUUUAUUUAUUAUUUUCUGGGUAGAUCAGAAUAUGUUGCUAUUAUUUAACAAUUUAUGGCUGGAUCUUCUAGUUUGUGUUUCCUUUCAUGCAUAUUAUCAGCUGUACCAAUCGCUUAUCUCUUAUCUCAUCUUAUCUUAAAAAGAUGUAGAGACCUUUUUCCAUGUGAAUUUUUUUAAUCCAUGUGAUUUUAUACUUUAUCA